AUGACUUUGUACCUGGUUGUCAUCAUAAUUUUGUCCUAUUUAGCGUAUAAGUGUAUUUACUGUCGACAUCGGAGGACUUUGGUGCAGUCUUUGAACCAUGUGCUGAGCAGAGACGCAGACAGCGAAGGUAUCAGGGCUCUGGUUGUGACUGCGCAUCCGGAUGAUGAGUGCAUGUUCUUCGCGCCGACCAUUGUACGGCUCGUUGAAUUAAACGCCAGCGUUCAGUUGCUCUGUCUUUCUGAAGGAAACUACUACAAUCAGGGAGCUCAGCGUAAACAAGAACUUCUGAACAGCUGUACCGUGUUGGGGAUUCCAGCCUCCAGGAUCACCAUAGUAGACCACAAAAAACUUCCAGAUGAUCCCAAAGCAGAAUGGAGCAUCUCACUGGUCUCCUCUGAAAUCCUGAAGCACAUAAGAGCUCACUCUGUCAACAUGGUGCUGACCUUUGAUGGACGAGGUGUGAGCAGCCAUGCCAAUCACAUAGCUAUCCAUAAUGCUGUCAGGCAUCUCGCUUCCACUGGAGAAGUACCCAGCGACUGCACUCUGCUCUCCCUGGUGACCGUUGGCCUUCUCAGGAAGUACAUCUCCUUCCUAGACGUUCCCCUCAGUUGGCUUCUGCCCUCACGUCUCUGCUGCAUUAUAGGCUCACAGGGCUACAAGCAAGCCAAAGCUGCCAUGCUGUGCCAUCGCACUCAGCUGCUGUGGUUUCGUUACCUCUACAUCACCUUCUCUCGCUACAUGUUCGUAAACACGUUCCAAACGAUUCCUCAGGGACCAAAGAACCUGAAGAUCUAUUAAAAGCUCGUCCUAAUGCACUGAUUGCCACACUUCUUACA